GAGUUUAGAAUGUUGUGUAGAGUUUAAAGAGUAUCACAAAAACACACAGAACUUGAAAACGUAUUUCUCGACUUCUGCCAUUAGUAUUUUAUUCCCACCGAAGUCUCUACAGCUUGAAGAGUUAUGGAGAACCAAUGAUGCAGAAGGUAAUACCAGUCUCCGGUUGCAAUGUAUCAGCGACGUUUCUAAUCCAGUUAGUGAAAUAAGAUGGAACAUAGAAAAAGAUUAGAGAAUUGUCUGGACAUGCAAGGACUGAGAUUUUAUCUGCCAACCUCACACGAAGAAACAAUGGAGACCUACUAUCAUGUUACAUACAAAAUCCUGCGUUCCCAGAGAUCAAAGUAAACAAAACAUAUGAACUCAACAUUACUUACAAGCCGUUCAGUUAUGACCUACGUGGGUGACAGUAUAAGCGUUUUAUGUCAAUGUGACGCAAACCCAGCAGCUAAGAUCGAAUGGUCAAACACUACUCCGAAUAGCAUAGAUAAAAGGACUGAAGUUAGCCUAGAACUGAAAAUUCAAUUUCAAUCCACUGGUCGCCAUAACUUCACGUGCAUUGCGAGAAACACAAUUGGUUCGACGGUAAAUGAGGUGUUCAUCGUGGUCAAAGAAAAAGCUACCGAACCAACAAAUCCGAUAUCAUCCACUGGUAAAGUCAUCUCUUCGUCGAUGCUGAUCGGAAUCCUUUGCGGAUGUCUGGCGGUUGUAAUUAUCGUUAUAAUAGCAUUCAGUUGUGCUAUUGUAUGGAAAAUACGAAAGGAAACACCGACAAGGGAACGUGCUGAUAGUACACAUAAUCAGAAGCGACAACCGAGUUUUCAACCCCAAGAUCCUGAUCACAACGAUCCCGCUUGUUCCAAUCCCGGUUAUGGUCCUUCCGAAGCUAUUGCUGAAUCGGUUGAGUACACCUGUGUUGUUAAAAGGGCAGUGAGACAGGCUCCAAAACCUCAGACCGAAGAAGGAGCACUCAUCUACGCUGAUCUUGAUCUACCAGCAGAGGGUUCCACACGAAGAAAGCCAACAGUGAUUUCAGACGCCGAAACGACAUACGUUUCAAUUGAUUUUGCCAAGACAAAAAAAUGAAGAGAUCUGUGUUAGACGAUUAGUCACACAAUUAUUCUCGUGGAACGAUGACCAAAUUACUGGAUAGCUUUAUAUGUUUGACGUUAUUCUGCCUUUUUUUCAAAAGUUUAAGACCGACGGUAUAUACUUACUUUUUUAGGUAACUCAACCAGGCGUCAAUGACUUAAAACAGACCUCUAGUCCAAACAUUAAUCAUACAUAAGAACUGACUGAAACUGUUACGUUAUGAUGAUUUAUAUUCAGGUUGCUUAUUAUCUAAGAUAUUGAAAAAGAGCCCUGACUGAUUUUGGAAAAACUCGUCGCCGGAUUAUCUUGCAUUUCGAUACUGCUGAACUUAAGCGAUGUGACAUUACUUUUGACUUAAUAAUUAUGUUGCGUAUAUGUUCAUGCAAUACCUUUAUUGGCCUUUUUUUCAAAAUGUAUCUUUAUUAUCUGAACCAAACAACGAUUCCGUUUACAAAUGUAGUAUUUUUGUCUUAAUAUUAUCAACAUGUCACAACGUAAAAUUUAUUGUUCAGUUUAAGUUAUUUUGCUGAAAGCAGCACUGAAUAUCAUUAACGACAUAUUCGUUAAACGUUUUGUUUGAUUUGUUCAGGUAUAUUUUACUGGUGUUCAGAAUAUUUUGUCAAAACUGGUCAUGCUAUAAAAAAAUUAAUACAUUUUUAUUUCUACGCGUAGAGUAUCGUAUAGAUUUGUAUUAUUUAUCACUGUGUUCAGAUGAAAAUUGUUUUGAGGCACAAAGACCACAAAAACAUGACAAUUGGUGAGAACGAAUACGACAAAAUUUUAUAUUUAUUUCGUUGAGUUAAGACAUACACGAGUGUACGUAUAACGCAAAGCUGUACUGUAUGUAUUAAAAGCAAACACAUAUUUUUGCGCAGCUUUCACCGUUAAAUUUUUAAUGUUAUUUCAUGAAACUUUUCCUCUGAUUAUAAACCAGUAUGCACGUUAAAGAACAAUUUUCUCCAUCUUGGUUAUCUCGUCAGUGCAAUUGGAUUCAAAUGACGGAAGGUUUUAUGUGAACACAUGCAAUUCUAAACCCCUUGUUAAAUAAACUCUAUUUUUCAAAUA